AUGUGCGGGAGUGUUGCCCGGGGGCGGGUCGGGGAGGCGGCCGGCGUGUUGCCCGAUAGCCGAAGCAUGCUGACCUUCGUGUUCGCGGUGUGGUCGGCGGCGCGGGCGCUGGGCUGGCCCUGCGAGCUGGCGACCCCGGACGCUGACGAGGCGCCGGUGCUGCCGCGGCUGCGCUCCGCUCGCGCCUCCAGCGACCUCUCCACGCUCAGCACCACCACCACCAGCUCCAGUCAGACCAGCACCGGAGACCACUCAAAGAGGUCCACGGCUCGUUUAGCACGCGACACUCGUUUCCAGUUAAAUUCGCUCCUCUCGCCUUUACCUUACGUUAGCUUGCUGAUC